CGGCGGCAGGGCGUGCGGGUGCGGGUCGGUGCGGUGCGUUGCGUUGCGGCCGGCACGUUUGGCGACCGCGGCUGGGAGACGGACGUGUGGACGUGUAGCGGCGGCGCUGCUGGAGCCUGUCAGCCGCUUGGCUCGGGCUGCGCGGGGCGAGGAGCGGCUGCGUGCGUGCGGGCUGCGGGCUGCGGGCGGGCGGCGCCCCGCGGGCCAUGCUGCUCACGGUGUACUGUGUGCGGAGGGACCUCUCCGAGGUCACCUUCUCCCUUCAGGUUGACGCCGACUUCGAGCUGCACAACUUCCGCGCGCUCUGCGAGCUCGAGUCCGGCAUCCCUGCGGCGGAGAGCCAGAUUGUCUAUGCGGAGAGGCCUCUCACUGACAACCACAGAUCGCUGGCUUCAUAUGGCUUGAAAGAUGGGGAUGUAGUAAUUUUGAGACAGAAGGAGAAUGCAGAACUUCGACCUUCAGUUCAGUUCCCAGGCCUGCCCCGGAUAGACUUUAGCAGCAUAGCUGUGCCUGGCACCUCAGGCUCCCGAUUGCACCAUCAGCCAGCCCAGCAACCCCGCAUAUCCCCAGCAGACACCGCUUCAUCCCCACAGGGCUUGGACAAUCCAGCAUUACUCCGAGACAUGUUGCUUGCCAAUCCUCAUGAGCUUUCUCUGCUCAAGGAGCGAAACCCACCUCUGGCAGAAGCCCUGCUCAGUGGAGACCUUGAGAAAUUUACUAGGGUCCUGGUAGAACAACAACAAGACCGAGCCCGGAGGGAGCAAGAGAGGAUCCGUCUCUUUGCUGCUGACCCUUUUGAUCUGGAAGCUCAGGCCAAGAUAGAAGAAGAUAUAAGGCAACAGAACAUUGAGGAAAACAUGACAAUAGCUAUGGAAGAAGCUCCCGAGAGCUUUGGCCAAGUAGUGAUGCUUUAUAUUAACUGCAAAGUGAAUGGACAUCCUGUGAAAGCCUUUGUGGAUUCAGGAGCUCAGAUGACCAUCAUGAGCCAAGCUUGCGCAGAAAGGUGUAAUAUAAUGAGACUUGUAGAUCGCCGGUGGGCUGGGAUUGCCAAAGGUGUCGGCACGCAGAAGAUUAUUGGCAGAGUGCAUCUUGCUCAAGUUCAGAUUGAAGGGGAUUUCCUGCCAUGUUCCUUUUCUAUACUUGAGGAACAGCCCAUGGACAUGCUUCUGGGACUGGACAUGCUCAAGCGACAUCAGUGUUCCAUUGACCUCAAGAAAAAUGUACUAGUGAUUGGCACCACAGGCACGCAAACCACCUUCCUUCCAGAGGGAGAGCUCCCCGAAUGUGCAAGGUUAGCGUACGGUUCAGGGCGAGAUGACAUUCGGCCAGAGGAGAUCGCAGAUCAGGAACUAGCAGAAGCGCUUCAAAAAUCCGUCGAGGAUGCAGAGAAAAGUGAUAAAGAAACUACCUCACUGGGAACAUCAUCAUUACCAACCUGCGGUGGAUCUGACAGUGCAGCCCAUUCCUUAGGACUCAGCUCUAAGAUCAGUCACCCCAUAAGUCUUGAUCGCUCUGUCUCUGCUCCUGCUUCCAUCUGCUCCUACAAGCCCAGCUCACGAGAGAUCGUGGAUCUGAAAGCUGACCCCCCGGUAACCUCAGAUAAGAAAGAAUGUCCUCCUUUCCUGGACCCUCCUGCCCAGGCCUCAUCCGACUGUACCAUGAACAACCAGCCUCCGGGCUUUCCGAAGUCAGCUCCUACUCUUUGGAAUUCAUCAAAAGAAACAAUCAUAGUAGAUGAUCUGAAAUCUCCUGCUACAGAAAGCACCUGUAGCAUCAAAGGGUGUCCUGAUACACAACAGAAAGAGGAUUUGUCUGCUUUAGCCACCCGGAUGCCCCGUACACAAACAUAUCUAGAUAAGAAUGAUUCGUGUUCACCUUACCAGGAGCCUAGCUCCCAACAGCCCCCACAGCCAGUGGGUGAACGGUCUAAGGCCGAACUACAGCGUGAGCUAAGCAGCCCACAAUUACCAUGGAGCACCAGGCUUGGCACUGAAUUACAGCCCAGUCUUCCUCCCAUCCAGCAAAGAUCUAGAGAUUCGCAAACUGAGAAUAGUGGAGCUGAGCAAGCGACGCUGGGCCAUCCACAGGCAGAAGACUCUGCUCCCUCCUCGGCACCAUUUGGCAGCUCAUUUACUGAAACAAUCAUGGAAAUAGAUGUGGCGGAGCAGUCCGUGGUAGCUGUCCACAGCUUGGGAAGUGGGCACAGCGCCGGCACUGAGGAUGCUGAGGUUUCCGAUCUCACUUUUGAUAAUCUUUGGGUGGAAGCUAAGGCUUCAAAGCCUAACUCCUCUUCUGUAAUCGUGAGUAAUCCCGUGUCAGCUAGUGAUUUGCAGCCCCCAGAGAGUAAUGUUGAAAUGUCAGAAACAGAGAGUCAGUUGUCAUAUUUAUUAAGGGAAAAUUGCUCUUCGUUAAGUCUAUCUGGUGAUGGGCUGGUCUCCACGGACCCUGCGGCCCCUACAGAGGAAUCUGCUUUAUCUGUAACAGCUGCUUUGAAGGAACUUCACCAACUUUUAGUCAUUAGUUGUCAAGAAUCUCCAGGAAAUCUCACAUCUGAAGAAGUAAUCCAUCCCAAGCAAACAGCAGCUGAAGAACGAACUGAGAGUCAGGAGAAAUCUGAGCAGCUACCCCAGAGUCAGCAUCCCCCUGUGGUCCUGCAGGAGCCGGAGCCUCGAGAUCCCUCCUGCCCAGUGAGAUUGGGACCCGAGAAGGCUGAGAGAUUGACGCAGGUAUCUUCAUGUACAGGAGGGCAGAGUGGGGUCAGUGGAAAUGUGGAUGAAAGCAUAACAGCUGCACCCGGGGACGUCCAGAAAUCACAGGAAUCAAGGAGCGAAAGCUUUUCUUUCACAGGAAUGUCUGUGGAAACCUUGGGUCAGUUAAACUCUGUAGGAACAGAAAUUUCAUCCAGAUACCUAGCAGGCGAGGAGAGAACCAUCCCUGAGACUUCUCAGCAUACUGAGGCCUUGCCGUCCGAUUUCCUUCCAGUCCUCUUUCAGGACCCUCAGAACCCAAUGACAGGAAUGCCUGGCGCCAGGGAAAGUGCUGUCUGUCCUGAAGCCACGAGGCCUCUUCACAGACUUGAACAGCUGGUCAGUCCUCCAGCAUCAUCUCCCUCGCCUCUCCCAAGUCACCUUUUCCCUGCUGCAGAUGUGGACCGGAUUCUUCAGGCGGGUUUUUCUCUGCGAGAAGCUCUUGGGGCUUUGCAACGUGUUGGUGGAGACGUAGAUCUCGCUCUUCUCAUUUUGCUGGCAAAGAAUAUCAUCGUUCCUACAUAACUAUGGAACAGGUGGACUUGGCUAGUCCCUAUUCCUUUGAAAAAGAUUGAGAUAUAGAUGUAUAUGUAUACGAUGUACGUAGAAACCUGCAAGCAGAAUGUUGAGCCAGAUUUUUUUUUAAGAUUUUUAUUUUUGGCCAAAGUAAUUUAUGAUCUCUUGUCUAAUGAAGUUGUCUAUCACACUUGUUUAAGAUUUGGGCCUUUUUAAUGUAUUGGCAGUGUGUGCACACGAGCUUUUUAUUCUCAAUGAUGCAUUCUGGAAUAAAACUGAUGGAUUUAUAUAAAGUGUACCAUUUUAGAGGGAAGUUGACUAUUUUGAAAAGCAGAAACUAUUAGAAAUCCCACCACCUGUCAGGUUGAAAGCAUCCUGGCUCACUAUCCUGGUGGUUGCCCAUUCCAUAUUUGGAUGAAGGCAAAGUCGAGAAUGUUGUGAAGAAGCAGAAUGUCAAGGUAGAAACUAUAGGGGAAAUUACUUUAGACAUUUAAUCCAACACUCUUGGCAUUGUCGUCCAUUGAUACUCCAGGGAAAUGAAGAAAGGAGCCUAGGGUAGCUGUGCUAGAGUCACUGUAAUCCUGGGCACGGGUCCUGGCGUUUUUAUGGGCAUGGGAGAGUGGGUUCAAAAUGGAGUCAUUCAUGCAUGAUGAGCUGCUGCACAAAUUGCAAAAAAUAACACUUGAUGGAGUGGAGUUUCAUUUUAAAGUGGAACUUGGUGCUACCCAAAUUCCUUUUUUUAAUCAAGGAAAAAACCAACAGCCCUAAAAUUCUGUCUACAGUGAAUGUGCUGAUCUGUAAACUGUGAGGAGGUGCAGUAGCCGAGACCCCGGGGGUCCCAAAGGAUGGAUUUGCUAGAAGUUCAAGUGAACCCUAAUUCUAAAGCACUUGCCCUCUGAGCUCACACUUUACUCGGAGAUAUUACUAUGUGAUUACGAGCUCUGUGUGAACUGAGUGAGGCACAAAGUGAUAUCCUUGCACUGAUUUGUCUUGAUCUUUAGAGGGGACAGAACUGAUGACUUCUAGCUGUGUUCUUCGCUAAAAUCCAAGUGUGAAAUGGGCAUUUCUGACUCUCUGAGUGGCCUUGGGAAAUGUGCAUUUUCCAUCUUUUUCCUCCAGAAGGCUCCCAUUUAAAGUUGGCCCUCUUGGUUUUGGAAGCAUGGAGUCAGAGCAAGUGUAGAGCAUGAGAAUACCUUUCUUGUGGCCUUUGUAUUGAAGACCAGCCCCUGGGAUCUUACUGUCCUGUGGGCCCCACUGUGUACUCCCUUUGGGAGCUCUCAUCUUAGUCCUUCUACUCCUAGAAGAGGGAAUUGACUGUUUAAGAUUUAUGAACAUGACAAAUCAGGAUCUUUGAUUGUAAUUGAAAACAGAGGCCUUGCAUCCAGUUUGCAAAUUCUAAAGUCACAUGGCUCCGUGUGUAUAUUUUUUAAGACCUUCUGCUUCCAUCCAAACCCAAGUCCAUUGAAUAUAGAAGAAUUUAUUUUCUCAGGAGCAUUUUUAAUUAUAAUUUGGGGGUCUUGAGAAACAUUCUUGUUUCAUUCCUUUACCCCUUCUCCAUGCCUCUUUUUUAAAGAGGUUUUAGCAGGGAGGUUAUAAAUCACAUUAAGCAGGUGGCAGAAAGAACAGUAGGGUUGUCAGACUGCCAUUGAAUCAUGAUAGAAUAUUUUAGAUUAUAAACCCCUAUACCUAUCCCCACACCAAAGAUUUAAGAUGCAAUAAGGAACUGUUUACAGGCUUUUCAUGAACCCCCUAAUUGGAAGUAGGUCGUUUAUAUUGUAAUUAGUGCAAAUCAACAGUACUUUGUAUGCUCUCUGCUUUAUGAUUAAUGAAUAAAAAUAGUGGUCAUAAGCUAGUUUCAGAGUGAAGGCUUUUGGGAAAGGGAGAGUGAUUAAAGGUGUCAGACCUUUUUCCCAAAAGCUUUUUUAUUUGAAGACAGUUUUCUGUUUUGAGAAUGGCAGAAAUUAACUUUGUCACAAAACCAUUCCUUGGGGGCACAAGGGACAUUCUAAAUCUUAAAAAAAGAAAA